AUGCGAUUUUUCCCUGCUUGGUUAUUUGGCUCAAGCGCCGGAGAGGAUCAGAUACAAAUGGCGCCUGAGCCAAUCAUCAUUGACCCAUUGGGGGAUGUAUUAUUGACCUUGACGAAUCCAGGUGCUAGGUUUGCGGUUUGGCACCGCGAUACUGAUCAUACUGAUCGUAGAAAGAGUAGCAACAUUGAGGAAGGCGUUGAGUUCGGUCCGUCUGAUGAAGAUUCUGACACGGUGGUCGAGGAGGAGCGUCCAGUGCAUCAGGAGAUGUUGACGAACAAGAGGAGGAGAAGUCAAGAGGUCGCCAGACGACCAAUAUCAAAGCGACAGAAACGGCAAUCCGCAGGCGAGAGUGUAGUCCUCAACCCAGCAGAAAGUGAUUUCGAGGGGCUAGCAGGAGACGGGGUCGGCCCGGCAAUCGUGUAUCGUGUGUCCUCAAGACACUUGAUGAGCGCCUCAGCCAGAUUUCGGAAGGAAUUAACAUCUCUGGAUGAAAGCAAAAAGAACGAAGAUGAAGAUUACAACUUGGAGACUUCUGACUGGGACCCUGAGGCUUUCGCCAUCCUGCUUAACACUCUGCAUCUUCGACAUAGACAGGUACCGAAAAAGUUGUCACUGGAAAUGCUUGCCAAGGUAGCCGUGCUUGUUGAUUACUACAACUGUGGGGAGGCAUUCGACCUGUUGGCAUCGAUAUGGGUUCCGCAUGUUCGUACACACUACCCGGUACCCGUGGAGUACUGUCGUGACCUGAUGUUAUGGAUGCUCGUUUCCUGGGUAUUCAAACUACCAGAAGAGUUCAAGGAGACUACAGAAAAGACUAUACUUCAAAGUAAAGAGGCUUGUGUACGUGACAUGGGUUUGGGCAUACCUUCGGUUGUUCUUGAACGAAUAGAGAGCACCCGCUCUCUGACUAUCCAAGCGAUAGUAUCUACCGGUGUCUACUGGUUGGAAACGUUCAACACUGGUUGGCGUUGCGAGUACGACAUCACCAGAUCCUUCGAGUGCGGUUCCAUGCUGCUUGGUGCGCUGUGCAAAGAAUUGAAGCGCAUUGGCUUCCAAUCGCCCAAACCUACUGCACCGUUCAGUGGCAAAAGCGUGGAGAGUGUAUGCAAAGAUGUGCGGAGUAUACGAUCUCCGACAUGGCAGUAUCAGGGCAAGGGUGAGCACGCUACAGAUGAGCCAGUACACUAUUGCGGCUUCGGAGAUACGAUCAUACUUGAGAGCGAAAACAUUCUUGCCAACGCCGAAGGACUGAGACUGGCUGACUUUGAAGACCGCGGCGAGGAAUCCGAAUAG